AUGGAAACGACUGCUAGCAUUAUUGUAGUGGCACAGCUGUGCGAGAGAGUGAUCGAAUACAUUGUCGCUGUGUUCGGACCUAAGGCGGAAAGACAACGACUUUGGUCUCAGACACGAUAUUGCACCAGUUUACUGUUGAAACUCAAGGAUGAGAUCGACGACUCGGACGAGCCCAAGGAAUGGACCAAGAUCUUGCAGCUACCCUAUACACCUCUUGCACGACUUGGAAACGCAUUAAGCUUGGCAGCUGUCGUUCUCUCAACGCGGGACGGGCUCCAGGAGAAGCUUAGAUGGCCUUUUAAGGAAAAGGAUAUAGGAAAGCUCGUCGAAGCGAUCAAAUGUGAGAUGGCGAUGGUAGACUUCGCUCUUUCUCACAACUCAACAUCAUUACUUAUCGAACUCAACACACGCUUCAAGCGCAAUGGACGACUUCUUCUGGAUUUCAAAGAUGCUUUGGAACUACGUGUCGAGAAAACCCAUUUCACACUGCAAGACCUCAAUAGUGAGCUACAAAUAAUUCAAACGACGCAGAAUGACGUUCGGGCCAGAGUCGAAGAGCUACGUGGGCGUCAUGAUACGGAGGAAGCUAUGCAAAAGCGUCAGCGCACCCUGGAUUGGCUAACACCCGUUGACCAUGCCUUGCAACAGCGGGAUGCCACCAGCCGAUGGCAACCUGGUACCGGCGGAUGGCUCUUGUGCUCGCAGAUGUACCAAGACUGA